CGUAGAUGGCAGGCAGUGAUCACUAAUCCCAAUUUGUAAUUGAGGAAAUAGGUCCAGAGGCCAGCCGGGACUCCCACUCCGUGUAAACUGAGGCCCGGGAUUCGAACGCUUGAUUCCGACACCUAGCGCUCCCGCACGGCGAGGCUAGCUGGGAGAACUACAUUUCCCAGCAGGCCCCCGCAAACGCGCGCAAGCCCAGUAGGUCCGAGAGCUGCGCGGACAGACCUGCCGGCGCCGCGGCCGGGAAUCGGCGAGCCGCGGCCGCUGGAGGACUGUUCGGCUGGGGGCGUGGGGUUCUGGGGGGCCUCGCGGUGUGAGGCCACCUCGGUUUGGAAAAUGUUGGCCUGAGCCUGGGGUCCAGGCAUGGAAUUCCUGACAACUUCCCAGUCUCCCUCAGGCCCUCCAGCUAUGGACUUGGAGGAGCCCAGGGACACAAUUCCACCUUCCCAGGACCUCACCCCCAACUGCCAGUGGGACCCGGUGCCGGGACGGUCCGGCAGCCUGAGUCAGAUGGAACUCGAUGGGCCAAGUGUUGAGGACCUGGUGCAACGGUUUGAGGCUCUGCCUGGUGAUCUGGUGGGCUCGUCGCCGGAUGGACCUCCCUGCCCCUUGCACGUGGCCACGGGCCACGGCCUGGCCUCCCAGGACGUUGCUGAUGCCCAUGGACUCUUGUCUGCCGAGGCCGGCCGGGACGACCUGCUGAGCCUUUUGCACUGCCAGGAAUGCCCUCCUUCCCAGUCUUGUCCCAAGGAGCCUCCGGACCCUGCCCCUCGCCCGCUGCAGCCCCCUGAGGACCCAGAUGGAGAUACCAGUGCCCCAGAAUGGGCGGAGGGAGCUUCUGCCGAGCAUGGUGGCAGCAGGAGCUCAAGCAGCUCCCCGGAACCGUGGCUGGAGACGGUACCUCUGGUUGCUCCUGAAGAACCGCCUGCCAGUACCCAGAGCCCCAAGACCCUGGUGCCAUACCCUGCCCUCCAGGAGGUACCUGGUCCCUGUGACCAUGAAGACCUCCUAGACGGUGUCAUAUUUGGGGCCAAAUACUUGGGCUCCACCCAGCUGGUGUCCGAGCGGAACCCACCCCCCAGCACACGCAUGGCCCAGGCCCGGGAGGCGAUGGACCGUGUCAAGGCCCCUGAUGGGGAGACCCAGCCCAUGACGGAAGUGGACCUCUUUGUGUCCACCAAGAGGGUCAAGGUUCUGACGGCCGACUCCCAGGAGGCCAUGAUGGACCACGCCCUGCAGACCAUCUCCUACAUUGCUGACAUUGGCAGCGUGCUAGUGCUCAUGGCCAGGCGGCGGCUGGCGCGGCGGCCGGCAUCCCAGGCCCACAGCCAUAGGCUUUACAAGAUGCUCUGCCACGUCUUCCACUCCGAGGACGCCCAGCUCAUCGCUCAGGCCAUCGGCCAGGCCUUCACUGUGGCCUACAGCCAGUUCCUUCGGGAAAGCGGCGUCGACCCCAACCAGGUGGGCGCCCAGCAGAGCCAGGGCGCCGCGGGCCCCGGCCACCUCCACAAUGGGGACCUCGACCACUUCUCCAACAGCGAGAACUGCAGGGAGGUGUGCAUCGAGAAGCGCCGGGGCGAGGGCCUGGGCGUGGCCCUGGUGGAGUCGGGCUGGGGCUCUCUGCUGCCCACGGCUGUCAUCGCCAACCUGCUGCAUGGGGGUCCCGCCGAGCGCUCAGGGGCCCUCAGCAUCGGGGACCGCCUCACUGCCAUCAAUGGGACCAGCCUGGUGGGGCUGCCCCUGGCCGCCUGCCAGGCCGCCGUCCGCGAGGUGAAGUCACAGACCUUGGUGACCCUCAGCAUCAUCCACUGCCCGCCGGUCACCACAGCCAUCAUCCGCCGGCCCCACGCCCGUGAACAGCUAGGCUUCUGCGUGGAGGACGGCAUCAUCUGCAGUCUCCUCCGGGGCGGCAUCGCAGAGCGCGGGGGUGUGCGUGUGGGGCACCGCAUCAUCGAGAUCAACGGGCACAGCGUGGUGGCCACGCCGCACGCCCGCAUCAUCGAGCUGCUCACCGAGGCCCACACGGAGGUCCACAUCAAAAUGAUGCCGGCCGCCACCUACCGCCUGCUCACCGGCCAGGAGCAGCCCGUGUACCUGUGACCAGCCACCAGCGCCCCCCUCCCUCCCUCCCUCUGCUGUGCCUUAGCCCCAGCAGCCCUGGGAGCCCGUCGCGGGGCCUCCAGGGCUUCUUGGCGCCGUGUUAUUUUCUGAUGUAAAACAUUAAAUGCUUAAAAAAAACGGGUAAAAUCUUGGAUCGAGGUCUGUGGGGUUGAGAGAGGAAAAAUAGGACCGACUCUCACUCCGUGUGCUUCCCAGAAAUCUCCAGAAGCCAGUGUUGUGAAAAUACUCUAUU